GCGUGAAAUGGGGGGAAUUUUUGUUUCCUUCUGCUCGCCUUUGCGCGUAGCCUCCAACACCCCAUUCCCGUUCCCAGCUGUGCUAGCCAGCCAUUGUCCGCCUCAGUUUUUAACUAACUUGCGAAUUCCGAGCUUCUCGACAGCGAUCGCCAACCCACCCGUGCCUCUCCAACUCUUUCUUUAUUCUCGCCAUUCCGGCUCCGGGGUUUUCAUGCUCGGGCGGUCGACGCCGGCCAGCAAAUUUAAUCUCCUUCUCUUGAUCUCUUCCCCUUCCGUGAGUUCCCGGCUGACCCGAGUUAAGUUUCAACGCCUCCUGAGCAGCUGCUUCCCCCCGUCACGACCAAGCAACCUCGCUCGUCGACGACUCGAUUCGGCUCUGUUCCUCCGGUCCGGCCGGAUGGCAUUGGACGUGCUCCUCAGGCUGCUGAUCCUCGCGGCCGUCGCGAGCGCCAUGCCGGUGCCGGGCCCCACGGACCCCGCCGCCGCCGGGCUCGCCAUCGGGUUCUACAACAAGACGUGCCCGAAAGCGGAGGAGCUGGUGCUGGAGGAGAUGCGGGACAUCGUCCACGAGGACCGGACCCUCGGCCCGGCGCUGCUGCGGCUUCUCUUCCACGACUGCUUCGUCAGGGUGCGUGCUGCGCUGCUUCUUUGCCGUGCCGUGCCGCGUCGCGUGCACGGGUCGUCUGAAUGUGUUUCGCUUAACUUGAACUGGAUGCGUGGUCUGCAGGGGUGCGACGGGUCGAUCAUGCUGAAAUCGAGGAGCAAGAAGGGGGAGAGGGACGCCAUGCCGAUGAGCUACAGCCUCCGCGGCUUCGAUGAGGUCGAGAGGAUCAAGGCGAAGCUGGAGGACGAGUGCCCGCUCACCGUGUCCUGCGCAGACAUCAUCAUCAUGGCCGCGCGGGACGCCGUGUACCUGAGCAACGGGCCACGGUUCCCGGUGGAGACCGGGCGCCGGGACGGCAAGGUGUCCCUGUGCAUCGACGCCGAGAACGACCUGGCGCCGCCGCACGCCAACAUCGUGGACCUGAAAACCUACUUCAGCGUGAAGAACCUGUCGUGGAAGGACCUGGUGGUGCUGUCGGGGAGCCACACGAUCGGGAGGGCGCAGUGCGCGGCGUUCGCGCCGGACCGGCUCUACAACAACAGCGGCCUAGGGGUGCAGGACCCGACGCUGGACAAGGCGUACGCCCCGGAGCUGCGGGAGAGGUGCGAGCCAGGGAACAAGGAAGACGAAACGCUCGUCGACAUGGACCCCAAGAGCCCCUACGAGUUCGACCUCAGCUACUACCGGGACGUGCUCAGCAACAAGACCCUGUUCGUCUCCGACCAGGCGCUGCUCGACGACAGGUGGACGAGGGACUACGUGGCGAGGAUGGCGGCCGCCGAGUCGACGGAGGAGUACUUCGAGGACUACGCCGCCGCCAUGAUCAACAUGGGCAGGAUGGAGGUGCUCACCGGCGGCAACGGGGAGAUCAGGAAAUUCUGCAGCGCGUACGUUGACUAAUGGAGCCGGCGGUUGGUCGAUGUGAGUUGGUGCGCGUGCCUCCAUCGAUCGUCAUGUGGACGGGGUCACGACGGCCGGUGUGCCCGCCAGCCGCAAGGCACUUGCAUUAUUCUAGGGGUGGUUAGAGAAUUGACACCGUCACACCGCCACGCGGCGAAUCUUCCGGUGUAUGUAAAAAAAAGUCGUCUCUUUGUUCUUGACCGAGUGCCCAUUGAGAUUUGGCGAGCUGUAAUUAUAAUUUUUCUCCUUAAUUAACUAGUUACUUGCAGAAAGUAUGAAUACAUUGCUAAGAGUAUUUCUA